AACGAUGAGUGGACGAAACUUGUUUUGGCCAUGAUCUGCCAGCUGAAGAAGCUGCCUACGGAAAAACUUGUGUUUGUUCCUACGUUGGUUCUCAAUGGCUUCGAUUACCUUCGAGACCCAGAGCAGUUCUUACAAGAGUUUGCUGACGAUCCGCAAGAUUUGAUCGACGCUGUCUACUCCUUCAAAGAAAUUGACGGUCGCACUCGGAAAGUUAUCAUCAAAUCAAUCCUAUAUCAUGCGAAGGAUUUUGUUGGCUUGCACUCGCUUAUCGUUGACGUGGAAUGCCUCUGCACGAAAACUGGCUGUAAAUGGCAUGGGAAUGAGAAGAAGGUUAUGAAGAUCAGUUUCAUGGGCACAGCUCGGCAGUCAGAGCAAGGACUGAUUGGGGAGGCUAGAUCGAAAGCAGAAUCGACUGGCGAAGUCUGGGCACUCAAUCAUCUCCCAAAUGCCAUCCACUCACUCAGUUUAUUGCCCAACAGAAGGAAAGCGUCUCACAGACGCUUGAAAAAGGCUCUCAAGGAGAAAUAUGAAGAACAAGCGAUGCAUGUCACAGUUCUCGAGCAACUCCAUCCGCUUUCCGAGUUGGAAGAUCCGCGGGAUUUCGCGCAAGUGUUUUACGACGUACUACAAAUUCAUCAAUGGCUUUAUGAAUGUGGUGGAAUUCUCCAUCGUGAUCUCAGCUCGGGCAACAUCAUGUUCAGACGCAAAGAUGGCAAGAUUUAUGGUGUCUUGAAUGAUUUCGACCUCUUUUCUCGCGUCGAAGACAUGGACAACGGCGACAUCCGUACAGGUACCAGACCAUUCAUGUCUCUUGAUCUGCUGAAUUCCUACUGGGAGGGUGGUCACCUUUACCGCCAUGAUCUUGAGUCACUGUUUUACAUCAUACUCUGCCUUGCUUGUCGUUACGAGGCGCCGGGUGUGCCUGCAACUGAACCACGAGCUUACUCGAAAUGGUUCAGUGGGUCUGAUCAGGACAUCCUUGGUAACAAGAACACCUUCUUGACCAGCCCUUUUCUCCUUGCUCAAGAUCUACCUAUUCAACCUUACUUCGCCCAUUUCGUACCGUGGCUUAAGCGUAUCCGUUAUUUCAUUUCAGAGGGCUAUCAUGCGCGUCCUCGACCUCAACUCGAACCUGUGGAUGAUACAGUUAUCCUCGAUUUACCGGAAGACAUGCAACCCCAAGCGUCGUUCAAUUGGCAGACUCUCGGCGGGCAGGUGACUUACAGUCGUUUCAGGCGUGUCAUGUCUUCUUUCAAGGAUGAACCCCUCGAAACUCGCUGGUCGGAUGGUCAGGCUCCACGUUGA